GUCGGGCGACAUGGAAAUGUGACAGGAACAGCAAAGAAAAGGCCUACUCGGACUUCGGAUUUCGGGCUAGCCAAAUUUAAAAGAGGUCACAUUAGAGAUAUUUGGGGAAAAGUUAGGUAACAUUUUAAAAUUUAAAAAGGAACCCGAAAAAUACGGCCCUAUUAUGGAGGAGAAAACGAUGCGGCGACUGCAGCAGGCCCAUCAGCGGCAGAGGAAGGAGUGGGACAGGGUCGGCAGACGCCUCAAGCGGCUCACGGGCAAGCGGUCCAGCGACCUGCUCCUCCACGAUCCGCUCCUGCAGCCGCCCUACGCCGCCGAUCCCGGCCAGCGGCUGUGGAUGCGGAUGAGCGGCGGUCAGCAGGUGGCCAUGCCAGUGGACAGGAGGCAGGCGACGAGCCCGAAAAGAAGGAAUCAUCCCCAGAAAGCGUUCAAGUUCUCUGCCUCCAAGGACGACCUGCUGGUCGUGGGUCAGCGCCUGCAAAUGCACCAGCCGCCAGGCCGACGCCUUGUGCAGCUCCAGGGUGCCACACCCACAGGAUCCUGCCAGUCCCACCAGCAAAUGGAGCAGUAUGUCUACUUCUACCCUCUCAACUGCUGCGAGCUGGAGUCGUGGAGUCCUCCUGCUCCCGGGGAGGAGCCCUACCUCGUGGUGGAUCCGCGCUUCAUGGCCGAGCUGCUGGACGAGCUGCUGCUGCAGGCGGGUUUUGUGGAAAAUUAAAGAAAACGUUUUUUGCUUUUGUA